GCCCGGGCCGGCGCGCGGGAGAGAGCGAGAGAGCGGCCGCGAUGCGGGCGGCGCCUGGCCCUCCGCUGGCGCUGCUGCUGGGCCUGGUCCUGGGCGUGGCGGCCGAGAGGCAGCACUACGGCGGCGACGGCGAGCACCGCCCGGACUACGACCGCGAGGCGCUGCUGGGAGGCCAGGAAGAAGUGGAAGAGUUUGCCAGACUGAGUCCAGAUGAGCAGCAGAAAAGAUUGAAGGGUAUUAUAAAAAAAAUUGAUGUGGAUGCUGAUGGCUUUCUCACAGAAGGUGAGCUGAGUUCAUGGAUCCAGCAAUCUUUUAAGCAUUACGUUGUAGAAGACGCGAAGCAACAGUUUGGUGAAUAUGACAAAGAUGGAGAUGGAUAUGUAUCCUGGGAAGAAUACAAUGUUCAGAUGUAUGAUCGUGUAAUAGACUUUGAUGAUGAUACGACUUUGGAAGAUGCCGAAGAAGAAUCUUUCCGGCAGCUCCAUUUAAAGGACAAGAAGAGGUUUGAAAAGGCUAAUAGGGAUGGAAGUUCUGGCCUGAAUCUGGAUGAAUUCAUUGCAUUUGAACAUCCUGAGGAAGCAGAAUACAUGAAGGAGUUUGUAAUUCAGGAGGCUUUGGACGAACAUGAUAAGAAUGGCGAUGGAUUUGUGAGCCUUGAAGAGUUCCUUGGUGACUACAGAAGAGAUCCAACUGCCAGUGAAGACCCAGAAUGGAUACUUGUGGAGAAGGAUCGAUUUACAAAUGAUUACGACAAGGAUAAGGAUGGGAAACUCAACCCUAAAGAGUUAUUAAGCUGGGUAGUACCUAAUAAUGAAGGUAUUGCUCAGGAAGAGGCUGUCCACCUCAUUGAAGAAAUGGACUUGGAUGGUAACGGAAGGCUGGCAGAGGCAGAGAUUCUUGAGAAUCCAGAUCUGUUUCUCAACAGUGAAGCCACAGAUUAUGGCAGGCAGCUGCAUGAUGAAAGCUUUUACCAUGAAGAACUCUAGUUUCCAAGAGACUCUAUUCUUUGUUCCAGAGUUGGAUUUUUUUUUUAUGUGUUCAGCUUUGAAGACAGCAACACAGUAAUAUACUGGUGUUUGCAGCAGUUUCUGCAUCCCUGGGUUUCUUUGUACAUUGCCUUCGAUGUUUUAGCCUCCAUAAUUUUGGUACUACAAACCUAUUGUACUUUUAAAGGAAGCAGAAGCCUUCUCCAGCAUUUCAUGUUUUAGUCCUGCUUUUUGAAACAUACUUGAAAAAAUGCAAAGAUGUGACUAUGUGAUAGGAUAGAGAAUACCACUAGUUUGUGUUAGAUUUUGGGAAAGAGGAAAGACUAUUACGGUGUUUGUUUCAUCUUUGUAAGAAUCUUUCUGUAUGAAUAUGAAUAAAGCCUUACAUAUUUGUAAGGUUUCUGUGUAUAUUAACUUCUGUAGAUGGUGUUUAUAUUCUGAGAAUCUUAUUUUUGCAGCUAGAUAGCAAUUAUUUUUACUGUAAUGAUAAUCGCUUUAGAAAGUGUAUUGUAUUUAAGUAAGAAACAAACUUUAAACACUAAAGAUUAAAAACUCAAAAUGUC